AUGCCGUCCUUGAGGAUUGGACGAAACGAUGAGGCCCAAAGAGAGGAGCGGCCGGACAAUGAGGGAAACGACACGCAACAUCCAGAGCCCACAGAGCGCUCGCGACUCUUGCCGCGCGAUCCUCCGGCCUACCUGAGUCCGGAUGAUCCUGCUGUCUCCCCGUACAAUCUCUGGAGUAUCCGUGCCCUCCGCGGCCUGUCUUCCCUCUUUCUCGCCUUGAGUUUCAUCUGGUGGACCUUCCUUCUUGUCUCCCUGUUCGUUAGUCCUCCCAUGAUGCAUAGUCGAGGAUCUGGCUUCUUUAGCUUCGCCUAUACCACCCUUACCGCUGGGUACCUCGUCAUUAGCCUGCUGUUCUUCGCCGUGCCGUCCAAGCCGAUGACUGUCUGGGGUAUCAUUCUCGGGGUGUUCCUCUGCAUCGACAUGAUCCUCACACUCGCCGUACCCCGUAUCCGCGUCGAAGAAGGCUGGGUCGGCGUGGCCUCGGUUGUCUGGGCCACCUUCAUUGCUCUUUACAGCAUCUUCCAAAACCGGGCCGUAGACUGGGGCAAGCGUGAAGAGGAAGAACGUCUCACAGGUCGUCCCGAAAGCCGCCGUCCGCUCCGUGAAUGGGUCGCCGUGCUGCUUCAGACCAUCUUCAUGGCUGUCUUCGGAAUCAUUUCCAUCCUUUUCACAGCUACCUUGAUUCUACGUGCCCGCGACGCCUCUCUCCCCGCGCCAGGCAAGAAGUACCUCGUCAACAGCAACAACUAUCAAGUUCAUCUCCACUGUGUCGGUAGUCCGAACGCAACAACUCAAUACCUGAACGAUGUACCCACUGUCCUUAUCGAAGGCGGCGAAGGCCCUGUCGAGCACACCCUCCAACCCUUCAUUGACAGCGCCUACCAAAGCGGCCUGGUCCCUCGCUACUGCUACUGGGAUCGCCCGGGCUUCGGCUGGUCCGACAACGCUCCCUCCCCCUACUCCGCCGGAAUGGCUGCCGACGCGCUUUCGGAGGCGCUUGCUCUGGCUGGCGAAGAAGGACCCUGGGUUCUCGUCUCGUCCGGUGUCGGCGGGAUCUACAGCCGGAUCUUCGCUAGCCGGCACCUGCUCGAGGUGUCCGGCAUCCUGCUCAUCGACAGCAUGCACGAGGACUAUCUCUCCAGGGUUGGCUCCCCCGGCCGUGGCUUCGGCCUCUGGCUCCAAGGCGUUCUCUCCCCGCUGGGACUGGACCGCAUCGCCGGCGCCCUGUUCAAGGGCCGCACCCGCGAGGACCGCGUGUAUGGCUGCAGCGCCUACCAAACUGGGAAAUUCAUCAAGGCCAAGCUCCAGGAGAACCUGGUCGCCAAAUCCAUGACCGCCUCGGAGGUCCAGACGGCCCGCCACGUCCAGAUGGCCGACACGCCGCUGGUCGUGGUCAGCUCGGGCGUCGAGGUCCGCAGGAGCCACAAAUGGGCCCAGACGCAGGAGGAUCUGACCAAGAUCACCCAGAACUUGAAGAAUUGGGACAUCGUCAACAAGGCGCCGCACGAGGUGUGGAAGACGGCCGAGGGCCGGAGACUUCUGGAGAAGAGACUGGGUGAACUGCUCGAGGAAAAGAAGGAGGAGUAA